UAACACGAACGAGGGGCGGGACGUCAAAACUCUCUUUGAUGUUGCUCUUCACGUGAAGAUGGACCUCAAUGUAGACAGGAGCCUUUUGCAAGGUUUACUUCAGCAAGAUCUGUGGACAAAAUACAUUCCUCUUCCAAAAAUCUUGGAUCUGAUAAUCCAGGUGUUAAAUAGAAAUGGUGAGGGGAAGAGUGUGCCAACAGAUAUGUUAGAAACUCUUCUUCCACAGCUCUGCUUUGCAUUGCCUCCUAUUAGCCAAAACUGCACUCAUCUGUUAAAAACUUUACCACAAAGUAGUUCAGUUUGGAAUAAAUUGGAAGAGGGACUAAAGGAUGGAAAGCACUUGCCAGUGGAGGUUGUGGCUUUUCUGUACGAAAGUCAUCCCUCGACACUUGAAAGAGAAUUUUUUCGAAUUCUUGGCCAGUAUGCAGAGAAAGUUCAUCAUGAAGACCAGCAUGAAGAAAAUCUUCAUUCUCUGUUUGAAUUAAGUCCAGAGACUGUGAGAGGAAGUACUGAAUAUAGUUAUAUAGAAAAAAACAAUAUUGCUGGUAAUUUCUGGUCAGAGAGUCCUGUGAUACCAGCUGCUGCAUUUAGUUCAUCAGUUUUCAAUAUUUGCUUCAGGAUAUUAUGUAGAAUAUGUAUUGAUACCAAAUUCUCCAUAAGCCUCAUAGUGGCUAGCAGAGAUUUUUUUACACAGCUCAGCAAACAUAAUUUAAAGGGAGAAUUAUACAAACUUUUUCCCAGUAACUUUCAACAUAUUGUGUACCUUUUGACAAUGCCGACAGCUGUCUUCAGAACAUCAGAACAUGUGAAAGCUAUUGAGGAUGGCCUCCAAAGUAUGCUAAAGGAAGGCAGUCACACACACUCCCUUGUCCAUUGUUUACUAUGUUUUUUCCCUCAGUGGCUUUCUUUACUAGCCAAGAGAGAAUUUUUCAAUCAAAAUCUCAGAAAAUGCCACUGUUUUAUUUGAUUGCAUUGUUUACUAGUAAAUGAGGCCUGUGGGUGAUCUUUAUAAAGACAUUUAUUCUUUUUAUAAUAUUAUCAAAGCUAAGUUGUCUAUAUUUUUUGACAGUAGGCAUAUAUAAAUAUAUUUGAUGUAGUA